GUCAAAGUUGCCGCAAUUUCUUGCCCUAGUCCUCCGAUGACAUAUGCUUCGGAAGGCGAUAACGUCACCUUGUGCUGGCGAAUUGUAGCCAACUCCAGUAUUGUGAGCCGCUAUUAUGUUAGGGCCCUGUCAAGGCCAGUCGAGUCUGUAAUGGAUCCGGUCGGCUCUGCAAAUGGGACUGGAUAUUUUGAAAAGGUGUACCCUAGGAAGCAUGACGGAAAUUACAUCAACAGAGCCACUGUAAUUGCCGAUUUAUCCGCCGGAAUGGUGUAUCUCAAGAUUACGAACUACACGAAAAAGAUGGACAAUGUGUACUGUGUGCAUUACCAAUCCCGGUUGGGCAUGAAUGACUUAACACCAUGCCAUUCUCAAGCGCUGUUAUUGCGAAAUAUUGACCUCCGUGAAGUCCCAUUACAAACCACCACAAUGAUGGCAACAGAAACCACGACCAAAGCUACCACGGGCAAGACAGUAAGUAAUCCUACUACUGAGAUGAGCGCAGCAACACCAGAAGCAACUACUAAAGGUCCAGUCACUACCAUGGCUCCUUCUUCAAGGACUGCAUUGAUAGUUAUGAGCUGUUUGUUUGGUGUUGCCCUCAUUGGUGCAAUUGUUUGCUUCCUUCUGUUUUGCAAGGCAAGGAAACAAUCUAACCAUAUUCCCGUCAAAACGAACUGCGCGGCUGAGCAGCUUUAACUGUUUUUCACACUAACUGAUCCAACAGUUACAACACUGACUGGGGGCCUGGUCAAUAUUUGUCACCUGGGGGUGGGGUGGGGUAGGGUGGGGGUUGGAGGAUUUUAGUUGUGUCACGUUAAAUUAAAUACGAUCCCCCCAUAAGACUCUGCAAUAUUCUCAUGAUCUCCCCUUCCCCCCCCCGUUUCAUUGGCAGUCAAUUUUCCAUAGUACGUUCCCCAGUUUAUACUCUACUAGCGACGACUGAUUUCCCUUCCGUUCACCUGAAAACCAUCUCAUCCCCCAAAAUCCUCCGCCCCCCUCACUCCCCUCCCCCCAGACAAUGAAUAAUGUCCGGCCUAAUAAGACCCUGUACUGUCCACACUUGGCAGGAUAACUGACCUUACGUAGCUAAAACAGGAGUGUGAACAUUUGUUAGUGCCUAUUUUGUUUUGCUGUUCCUGUAUAGUUAUUGUUAUGUAUAAAAGGUUAAAUCUAUUAUCAUUUUUGAUUUAAUUUAUUUGUGAAUAGCGAAUCAGUGAAUACACAGCCAAAUUUUCAAGAUAACUUUGAUAAGGUGUCAAUGAGUGAAACUCCGCGUGUCUUGCUCAUACUUUUUUGAAAGUUUUAAGUCGAGCUAUUGGACCUCUUCUGCAUUUAUAGUUGUACUGAGUACACUUUUGGUGAAGUUUUCUCACUUUUCCCGUGGGCUAAUACCCAUGGGCGACAAGAAAAAUUGUUUUAUCUGUGUUCUUAUUUCUUUAUUUAUGGAUUUUGCUUCAUCAUGACGUAUUUUCGCUGAAGACUAUAACCUAGUUUUAAAGUGAAUAAACUUUGAGUGACUUUGGUAGA